ACAGAAAAACAAACAAUCGGAACAAAAACAAAACGUUUAAAUGAUUAGUUUUGGUUAAUCAAUUUCUAUCUAAUUGAUUAGUUGUCAUAAUACUUUUUGUUACAUUUUCUAUUCUAAUUACAAUCAUAAUCUUUUCUUUCAUUCGCAAAAUCAAUCUCUUUAAAAAUGACCACAAAUUUCGAGAUUAAAUUGAAACGGUCCAAUAAAAUUUAUCAUCAAGGUGAAAAUCUUGUCGGUGUUGUUUCAUUUGAUUGUAAACAUGAAUCUCGCCACGAAGGGAUUUCCUUGGCAGUUGAUGGAUCAGUUAAAAUGCAAUUUAGCUCAAAAAAUGUUGGAAUCAUUGAUGCCUUUUACAAUUCAGUUAAACCAGUGCCGUUGAUUAAUUACUCUGUUGAGAUCGCUAAAAGUGGUACAUUACCAGCAGGAAAAACGGAAAUUGCUUUUGAAUUACCAUUGAGACCUAAAGGAAACAAAACUCUUUAUGAAACAUACCAUGGAGUCUUCAUCACUGUCCAGUAUGUCCUACGAUGUGAAGUUAAACGGUCGAUGUUGAACAAAGAUCUAUCCAAAUGCGUCGAAUUCAUGAUUGAAUCGGAAAGAAAUGAUAAUGAACCUGCAGGUAUCGAGGAUCGACCAAUAAGCUUCACAAUUACACCGGAAUCACUUCAGAAUGUUAAAGAUAAACGUAAAGUCCCCUCGUUCAGUGUUAAUGGAAAGCUAAACAACACCGUUUGUAAACUGACCGAUCCUUUCACUGGUGAACUGGUCAUUGAACAAUGUGAUGUACCAAUCAGAAGUGUUGAAUUACAAUUAGUACGCGUUGAGACUUGUGGAUGUGCCGAAGGCUAUGCAAGAGAUGCGACCGAAAUUCAAAACAUUCAAAUUGGUGAUGGUGACAUUUGCCGAGGAGUUUCAAUUCCCAUUUACAUGAUAUUCCCUCGUUUAUUUACCUGUCCAACUUUAAUUACGAGUAAUUUCAAAAUAGAGUUUGAGAUUAAUGUGGUGGUUAUUUUUGAGGACAAUCAUCUAAUCACGGAGAACUUUUCAAUCAAAUUAGUCCGAUUUUAGAUAACUGAUCCAAUCUGAAACUGAUCUUUGACGAUUAACAUUAAUUGCUGCUCUUUC